AUGUUUAAGCCAUCUUACCCACCUUAUCUUCAAACGGCAUAUUUUUUGAAAAUGAAAAGAGACGGCACACGUCAAAAGAGAGCGCCGAAUGCUUUUCUUGUAUUUCGAGCGUGCGUCGUGGCAGAACUAAAAGGGUUAAACUUUCAACUAGGGGGGGCUGCUGAAUUUUCUCAUUUUGCCAGCUAUCUUUGGAGAUUGCUGCCUGAACAUGAAAAAAAAGCCUACUUUUUAAUUUCGUCCGAAUUAAAAGAGGCCUAUUCUUCUAGGCUUCCUAAACGUCAAUUUGGAAGGCAACCACAUAGACAAAACGAACUAAACCAUCGUCGGGAUGUUCGUAGUAAGCAGCAACGACAAAAUUAUCAGUAUAGCGGCAUUCUCGGGGAACAAAAUAAAGCCGACCAAAUUUCAGAUCAAUUUAGGAACAAUCUCGGAGAGCGACGACGGACCGAAUCCGACCAAAUGUUUAUUCACAAAUUUGGAGCUAUUCUCAGAGAGCAGCAACAAAACGAAUCCGUUCAAAUUUCCAACCAUCAGUUUGGAGACACGCUCGGGAUGCCAUCUCAACAAAAUGAGUUCUUCCAAAUCUUCAAUCCUCAGUUUAGUGACUUUCUCAAAGCGCAACAACAAAACAGAUCCGACCAAAUUUCCAAUCCUCAAUUUGGUGACAUUCUCGAGGAGCAACAUCAGCAAAAUGAAUUAUACCAAAUACUUCAUCAGCAAUUUGACGACUUUCUCGUAGCGCAACAACAAAACGGAUCCGGUCAAAUUUCCAAUCUUCAGUUUGGAGACAUUCCCGGGGUGCAACAUCAGCAGUACCAAAUUCCUCAAUUUGAAGAUUUGCUCGAGGAAUAA